AGAGUGAAAAUAGAUUUUAAAAAAAGAAAGUGAGCUUUGGGGUCUGACAAGGAAUCUUUGCUCUACCACUCCCUAGUGACUCUACCACUUCCUACCAGGGAAAUCUUAACUGAGUUUCUUCACAUCUGAGAGUCUCAGUAUUUUCAUCCAUAACAUGUUGUUCUUUUUGUUUUUUGUCUUUUUUAAAAAGAAGCUUAAUCGUAUAAGUUCCUUGAACUCACACAAAUCAGCAAGAAAACAAACAAAUAAUUUCAUCAAAAAGUGGGCACAUGACAUGAAUAGACAUUUCUCAAAAGAAGAUAUUCAAAUGUCCAACAAACAUGAAAAAAUGCUCAACCUCACUAGUUAUCAGGGAAAUGCAAAUUGAAACCACAACAAGAUACUGCCUCACCCCAGCCAGAAUAGGUUUGUAAUAAACAAAGUAAAAAAAAAACAAAUGUUGGCAUGGAUGUGGUGAAAAGGGAACACUUAUAUACUGCUGGUGGGAAUGAAAAGUAGCACAACCUCUAUGGAAAACAGGAUGGAGAUUUCUUAAAGAACUAAAAGUAGACCUACUAUUUGAUCCAGCAAUCCCACUACUGGGUAUCUACCCAAAGGAAAAGAAGUCAUUCUAUCAAAAAGACACCUACACGCAUAUGUUUACUUCAACACAAUUCACAAUUGCAAAGAUACGGAACCAACUAAGUGCCCAUCAACCAACGAGUGGAUAAAGAAAAUGUGAUAUAUAUACACCAUGGAAUACUACUCAGCCAUAAAAAAAAACAAUGAAAUAAUGUCUUUUACAGCAACUUGGAUGAAGCUGGAGGCCAUUAUUCUAAGUGAAGUUACUCUGGAAUGGAAAAAUCAAAUACCAUAUGUUCUUACUUAUAAAUGAGAGCUAAGCUAUGGGCAUGCAAAGGCAUGCAGAGUGGUAUAAUGGAUUUUGGAGACUCAGAAGGGGGAGGGUGGGAGGAGAGUGAGGGAUAAAAAAAACUACAUAUUGGGUACAAUGUACACUACUCAGUUGACAUGAGCACUAAAAUCUCAGAUUUCACCACUAUACAACUCACCCAUGUAACAAAAAAAAUUUUACCCCAAAAGCUAUUGAAAUAAGAAAAAUUAAAAAAUAUACAAAAUUUCUUGCAUAGUAUCAGCAGAUUCUGGGCUUCUCAACAAGAAUUGGAAGAGAGAAGAGAGAGGACAAAGGAGCAAGAGUCAUUUGUUACAUUUAUUACAGUCAUUAAUAUUAUUAUUUUUCAAAAUCCGGCUUGGGGUUCUUCAGUAAAUGGUAAAAUUAAGAGCAUUCUUCUACAGAUUACCUACUUGAGAUUUUUCUUCCUUGAGCCUUGCUAAUUAAAAAAUAUCAUAAAUGUUCUAACUAGGCCAUUGACAUUUAUUUUCAAUAAUUGCAAGGGGACUUAAAUAACCUGUUAAAGGACAUGUUAAUAUUACUCUACACUUUAACUCACUGCGACUUGAUGUUAAUACUAAUUUGUAGAAUUAGUUACAUGGAAAAGAAAUUAAGUUCAUGGGACAAAUGGGGAAUCUGAGAUCCCUUUUGCAAAACCCAGGGUCUAGCAGAGCAUAUAGGAAGUGAAGCAAACUAGCACAACCAUCCAACUUAACACAUUCAGUGGCAUUUGGAGCUGUGGUGGGGAAAAGAGGCUCCCUAGUUAAUUUCACACUUCCUCCAUACAUUUCAAAAAGCAAGGUGUGACUCAUUUCAAAAAACAAGGUGCAGCUGGGUUUGUUAAAAAAGACUUUCCUUAGGCUAAAUGCCAGGUAUUCUGCAAACUCCCUGGCUUAAGGGAGUUUUCUGUUUCCUAGUAUCUGUUUGCUGUGCGGAAUCUAAAUCUGCUCGGUAACAGCAAGGGUUUUAUGCCUCUGGUAGGAUGUUUCCUGCUCUUUAAGGCUCUAGGCUUACUGGAGUUGCUGGCCUUUGUCGUUCUGAGUGUAGGCAUGUUCCGGGCAUGUCUGCACUCUAUACGACCCAGGGAAAUUUACUAAGGUGGCAUCCACUGGUUACCUCAUGUGUGUGGCACCCCCAGCAACCCCAGGAAAUAAGAGCUGUUGUUGUCUGUGUUGGACACGUUAGGGAAUCAAAGCUCAGAGGGGUUACCUUGUCCCCAGACCAUGCUGCUUCUCCAACAAUACAGCCCAACUGUGCUGAAGUAUCUAGCAGGUCCUGGUGGAGGGGAUGGAGGCCCUCUCGGGUCACUUCGCUACUCCCCACCAGGGCCCUCGGCCACCCCCUCCUUGCUGCGGAUGCCCCAGGUUUGUUUUCUUUGGCUCCCUCAUUAAUGAGUUCCACAGCACAAUGCUAAGUCUAGUUAUGCAGCCUUAAUUGGUUUAGUUACAACAAGAUAAUUCCUUUUUUCUUCUCUUGGAGGCCUUUCUGUUUAAAGACAUUUUAGCUGGAAGAUGCUAAUUAUCAAUGAGGAGAAAAUGACACCUGAAGAGUUCAUUUUCCAUCUUGGUCUUUGGUUUCUCCUUUGAACUCUCUUUACACGGCCCUCUUUCCCACUUCAUCACUUCUCCUCCACCAUCAUAAAAGAGAGCUCUUCCCUGGCCAGGCGGCAGAACUUUCUUUCUCACUUGCCAGGGAGCCAUUCCUUCUGCAGCUGUCUCGCAGGCAUGGACAACCUGCGCGAGACUUUCCUCAGCCUCGAGGAUGGCUUGGGCUCCUCUGACAGCCCUGGCCUGCUGUCUUCCUGGGACUGGAAGGACAGGGCAGGGCCCUUUGAGCUGAAUCAGGCCUCCCCCUCUCAGAGCCUUUCCCCGGCUCCAUCGCUGGAAUCCUAUUCUUCCUCUCCCUGUCCAGCUGUGGCUGGGCUGCCCUGUGAGCAUGGCGGGGCCAGCAGUGGGGGCAGCGAUGGCUGCAGUGUCGGUGGGGCCAGUGGCCUGGUAGAGGUGGACUACAAUAUGUUAGCUUUCCAGCCCACCUACCUUCAGGGCGGUGGUGGCCCCAAGGCCCAGAAGGGCACCAAAGUCAGGAUGUCUGUCCAGCGGAGGCGGAAAGCCAGCGAGAGGGAGAAGCUCAGGAUGAGGACCUUGGCAGAUGCCCUGCACACCCUCCGGAAUUACCUGCCACCUGUCUACAGCCAGAGAGGCCAGCCUCUCACCAAGAUCCAGACACUCAAGUACACCAUCAAGUACAUCGGGGAACUCACAGACCUCCUCAACCGCGGCAGAGAGCCCAGAGCACAGAGCGCGUGAGCUCCAUCCGGGUAAACUGACCGGUUCCAGCCUCCUGAGCAGGAGUAGAGGAGUUUUGAAGACCUGGAUAUCUUAUUGAACAAUGAUCGGCGUAGAGUGAUUUUUAUGUAGUAAGCCUGAUAAUCUUGUGAUCUGAAAAACCCUAAGAGAAUUCACAUCUGACCUGUUGGACCCACCAGAACACUUACCUGCCAGAUGAGCAGAGACUUUCACCUCCAGUUUUUUCCACCAUCUCUGGGAGGCUCAUCCUUUGCAAAGAGACAGAUUAUUUUGCCCUUCUCUGUCUGUUCAAGGUAUUUUAAAGGGUCAGUGAUUUUAAAUGCAUUUUUUUCAAUAACGUAAAAGUGUUAAUCUCUUGCCAUUUUGGCGUUGAGAACUUUUCUUCUGUUGCUAACAAAACCUGUAUUUUGUAUAGGAUCCAGUGUGAUAUCUGGAUUCUUAUUUAGAAAGAUUUGUGCCAAGUAAAGGGCUUUAGUGCUCCUGUCUUCAUUUCGUGUGUAUAUGUGUGUGUGUUUGUGUUUGACUGAAAUCAUGCUGUUGCAGGGACCAAAAUCACUUAAAUGCGGAAGGCACUGGUGUCAUGAUAAAUGGAAAGUCACAGGCAGACAGGCUAAGUUAAGACAGUGAAGAUUCCAAAAGCCAGAGCCUCCUCUUCAUAGGCAGACAGCUUGUGUGACAGGGAAGGAGGGUACGGGGAGGAGGAGGAGGAGACAGCACCUCAGGGUGGACCUGAAGCAAGGCUGGGUGGGCAGGGGCUCCCUGUCCUUUGUUCUGGGCCUGGUAUGAACAGGACCUUAUUUAGUCCUUUCACUUACUCGUUUGUCAAAUAAAGAGACAGUCUCAGAAAAAAAAAAAAGUGAUUCGAAUCCCAUAAAGAAUAACUAAAAGGGUCAGUGUUAGAACUCAACAAUCUCUGACCCCUCCAAAGGCAUUUACUUCUUCAUCUUCCCCUCCUAUUCAUCUGCCUCCCCCCAACCCCAGAUCCCCCACAUGCACCCAUCACACACACACCCACUCUUCAUGGUGCCUUGUCUUAGGGUGGGUAUCUGUAGCACCCACAGUUUAGCUCAUUUGAAUGGCACAGGACAUUGAAAAGGGGGCUUUGAAUUAAGGAGGUUCUGAAAACUAGUGAGAUUUUUUAAGGCUGAAUUUUUCUCCCUAUGGUUAUUAACCAUUAGUAUUUGUUGUACAUGUCUCCUAUCAUCUUUUUUCUAUUGGUGAUUUUUUUUCUUUGUAGUGACAUAAAUUACAAAAGCAGUAGAUGUGUUCACUACUUCUCCAUUUUUUUUUGCUGAUACAAACAUAUACAAAUAAAUGUAAGCAUACAUAAAUGUUAAAGAAAAAAACCUGAAAAUUCCUUUUUUAACUUAACAAUAUAUAGUACAAGUUCUUCCAAGUUAGCACAAAUAAAUCUGUGGUGUAAAUACCAUUAUUACCUUCAUUUUAUAGAUGGGGAAACAGAUGCAUGACUUGCUGAGUCACACAUGCAAAAAGUAUAACAGAAAACAGAAGUUCUAGCAAGGUUCCGUAGAACACAUUCUGCAAAAUUUCUUAAGCGAGUCACCUUUUCAAUGAUUUUUAAGUUAUUUUCAGGUUUUUUAUGACAAAAACGCUAUAACAAAGGUUAUAGACAACUAGCUUUAUCUACUGAUGUGUUCAUUAGCUUGAAAAAUUCCCAGAAAUGGGAUUCUUGGAUCAGAGUAUGCAUAUUUUAAAUUUUAAUAAAUAAUGUUAUGUCACUUUUAUAAAAGUUUGUAGUUAUGUAUACUCCUCCUAGUAUUAUGUGACAGAACCAGUUGCCCCACAUUUUCAUUGGAUACUAUCAAUUUUAUGAAUUUUUAAUGGAUAAAAAUUGUUCAUUGUUGUGUUAAUUUUAACUUCCCUGUCUGUCAUUUGAGGUGGAGCGUCUUUAUUUUAUGUGACCAUUGUUCAUUUUGGUUCCUCUUCUAAAACUUGCUAGUUUAUAAAUUUGCCAUUUUUCUAUUGCUUUAUCUUCUUGUUAAUUUGAGAGAGUUCUUUGUAUAUUAUGUACUGGAAUAUUUCCUUCCA